AAUGGUUUUAGUUGAACCUUUGUCAUCGGUGAGAUUUUGAAUUGUUGAUUAUUUUGAGGGCAAAGAAGGCUUAUUUUUCUAGUCUCCCUAUUUCCAUAAAUGGUCAUAGGUAUUUUUGUUUAGUAUUUCUUUGUAUGUGUAACUCUGUUGAACUCUUAGGUUUCAGGUUUUCAACAGAGUUUACAAUUCUUUUUAUUUGUUGCCAGUGUGAAAAAAAUGAACUGAUAAGCUAUAUCCGUUACUGGGCCUUGCUGAUGUGCCAACGUACACUAUUUUAUUUUUACUUUAAUGGUAAAUAUUUGAGCUGCAAUUUUAGGGGAGUGUUAGAAUCCUUUUUUUUUUUUUUUAAACUAGUUUGAAACAAAACUGGUGUUUCCAGGCACUUUGCCUUGAAAAAAAGAGUUUAAAAAUUAGAAGGAAGAAUCUUUGUGUAAAUUCCUCCUCUGUGUGAUCUUUUAUAAAAUAAACUCCAGAGAAUGUGUUUGAGAGAUUACUAAGUUUUUUCCUCUCUCUUUAAAAAUAAUUUUCACAAAACAGAAACAAAACCCAGAACUCACCGGAACAUAUAAUGACAUUUCAUUUAAAGAGAGAAGACACUCUAGCUUAGUUUGAGUGAAUCUCACAGUGAGCAGCUCUUGUGCUGGGCUACAGAGCGCCUCCCACCCCAGCACCCUAAUUACACAAGAGGGUGACCUGGAGGAGGGCCGCCUGGGGGAGUCAGCUUCCUUUUCCCCUCCAUUUUCCUUCUUCCUCCAUUUGCUGCUUGCAGCAGGAAUUAUAUAUUCUUGUAUUUAGUUUGGAAGCUGGUGUCCCCUUUCAUUUGGGAGGACAAUUAAACCAUAAGGAAGAAAAAAUUCAAGAUACUUUUUCCUGCUUGAGCUCCAGUAGUUUAUAAACAGUUUUGAGAUUUGUUGGUUCUGACAGCACAGAGCAGCAGAAGAAGGCAUUUCUUAAUGGCAAAAUUGGGGAGGACUGGCUGUACAUCACGAGGAUCUAACCAUAUCUGUUGUCAUGUUCAGUAGGGAAGUGUGUAAUAGGAGCAGUUUAAAUGUUAGCCAGACCUUUGAAGAAAUGAGCUGUGCCAUUAACAGCAUUAGCAGGUAGCUCGCUUCAGAAAUGGGGCCCUGCAAGAGCCUGCACAUCUGUGGAUUACAUUUCUCUAAUCUCAUGUGUUAUUACUAUGUGUUAAUUGUGAGCAUAAUUAUAUUGCUUGCAAGUGGAAAUUGUGAUGCUGAAUUAUCACUGGAGAGGUUGUUGCAAAUAACUGCGUAUGCUGUCUUGGACUUAAAAAUGACCAUAUUCAGGCAUUGAUGAUUAAGUCCACUCGAGAUCACUUUUAUUUUAGGUACUUGGUUCUGUUCCUCUAAAGAGAUUGUGAAAGAAAUGUGCGUGUAUCUGUGUUUAUAGUUUUUUUGUUCUUCCAAGUGAAAGCUGUGUGAAAUCUGGUCAAUGAUAAAACUUUUAGGGUCUGUCUGUUUUCUCCAAAGGCUUAAAGAGUUCUGACCAAAGCAAGUUGUCCAGCUUUCUGUGUUAAACUGCAAGAAAAUCAGCCAUCCUUUCUGUUAAUCAGUGUGGGCACUGCAGCCUUUGGAGUGCAGUGACUGGAACUGCAGACUGCUAAUGUCCUACUUCUGAACUGAGCAAGAAAAAUAUAUUGUAAGCUUAACCCCUUUGACAAACGUAGGCUCCGCUGCUUGGGAUUGACCAGUGGCUGGCAUAGUCUUUCAUAGCUACAAGGUGCUUUUCCUUAUUUUGUCUACAGAAGGUACAGAUCACUUUGUGGUAUUUAAAUCAGAUCCUAAAUCAAGUUUGAAACAGCAGUGAUAUAUUUUGUUCUUUCAUAUUCAUCAAGGUGAUAAAAUCAAGCAGUAUAAGUCUAACCCAGCACUUAAUGUUUUGGGUUUUUUAAAAAUUUACAGACAGACACCUAAUUUAGACCCUGUUGUAUUGUAAUUACUGUGCAUAUCUGAAACUAGAAAUGUUCUGGGCUUUUUUUCUUCUGGGGUAGUUGAUGUAUUGCUAGAGUAUUUGGAUCUAAAUUUUUGGAGUGUUUUGUGUGGGUUUUUUGUUUUAUUUCAGAGCUGUGAACUGUUGAGCUCUCAAUCUAUAAGAUCUUCAUAAACUUCUUUGGCUCAGUUCCAUAUUUGAACUUGGGGUUGAAAUGUGACUUUCAUGAGAAACUUUCAAGCUUUGUAGUUUUUGGUGUAGAAGAAGAGAAUUUUGAAAUAUGUUGUGUUUUUAUUUUAGUUGAAGCGAAUGAGAUGCCCUUAUGGUGGGGAUGUGAGGGCAGGUAACUCUCAACUUUUAGGUUCUCCUUUUGUCCACUGGCUUUUUGCACAGUUGGGAGGUCUUUCAAAACCUGGUGUCCGAAGUUUGGGAGUCCUGGCUGUGUGAAGAGUGCUGGUCUCUCCUGAUUGGAUAAUGGUGGGGAGGGAUUAAAUAAUCCUCUUAAGAUGCUUUUUUCAGUUUUUGUUUUUUCAGACCCAGAGAAGGCUGUGAUUUCAACUCCCCUAUCCAUUUAAAACCAGUAUUUAUCAUUCUGAUGCAAAGCUUUUUGCUCAUUUUUAAUGAUUCAUGUUAGUUUUUAAGGAAUUGGCCUAAAGUUUCUUUAGCAAUUCUUUUUAGCAUUUCAGGGACAGGGUCCUAGAAAACGGAUUUAAGAGAAAAGCUGACUUCCUGGUGAAAAAAUUUCAUCAUCCGUCAUCUCCAGUGGGCAAUUCUGGUUGCUUUCAGGCAUUUGACAGGUUUCGAUGUAGUUGUAAGGUGACGAGGUGGAUAUACAGCACAGCAGUGAUGGGUACUGUUGUGUGUACUGAUAAGUAAACUGAAAAACGGCCACUAAUGGUGGGAAAUGUUAAUUAUGUGAGAACAUAUUGAACUUAUAUUCUCUGGCAUGAACUUUUAAAAAAUGCAUCAACUGCUGCUUUUUUUUUUAAUAGGCACAGCUUUCUAAUUAUCAUAAUUCAGUUCAGCUCUGCUCUUGGAUGGAGUUCAAGUGCAAUCUCAAUUUAACUUGAAAGGAGUUUUUUUUUUUUUUUUUUAACUGAGAAUGUUUAAAAAAAUUUGAAAAGUUCAUCCAAGAAUGUUGUCUGCUUAGGUGUGGGUAAGUUGGUGAAAGGAAAUGAGUGCCUGUAAUAGUCUGUAGGUCUGACUAUUCUGAAAGAAGACAGUCUUCCUCUUUUAUUGCAGCCCUAUAUCUUAUGCAUUUUUGUAUAACCUGAUACUACAGCUGCUGAAUUCUCUUUGGAAACCAAUGUCUUUAAUAGGUAGUCAACUAGAUAAAUGGACAUUUUUAUUGCUAUCUGCAAAGGUAGAAAACUCUUUGAGGACAGAGAGAAAUUACAGGAUUCUUAAGAAUUCAUUUGACAAUGCUACUAGUCUUUUAUAUCAGCCAAGCCUUUAGAGGAUGCUAGCCUGAUUUGUUUUUUGCUUGGUGACUUGAUGGCGUUUUGUGCAGAGUUGCCUUUGAUAACAAUCACACAAUUACCCAAUAUUAAUACCUUUGCAAAGAAAACAAAAGUUCAAGAAGCCCAAGCCCCAAAUCCUCUCUGAAUCAAUUUUAAUUGUAAGAAAUAACUCAAGUGGACCCUCUGGACUUUCAUCCAGUCUGACUCCUACUGUGGAAAGGCAAUAACGCAAAGAGAGCGCAUGGAAGCAAAUGACUUCAUUUGCUCUGGCACUUAAGAACCGAAUUCACUUCCAUGGUGGUGAAAUGAAAGGAGUCAAGCGUUUUAAAUAGCCACUCCCCGAGGCCCGCCCAACCGAGUGUUUUGAGAAAAGUGCAUUGUCUGCCCGCUGCUCUAGCCGGGAGGCUGCCUGAUUUGCCCUCCCCCCACCGGGCAGCUCCAUUUCUGGAGUUGACAUCUGGUUUUCUCUCUGUUCACCUGAUCUGUUCCCAUGCAUGUGCACACGUGCAGCGUGCAUUCAUACAUUCUGCAGGCUUAUUUUCUUGAAAAGGCUCCAGGCUUCGGCUUGGAAAAUCCAACCGCCAAAAUUGAGCCCAGCAGCUGGAGCGGCAGCGAGAGCCCUGCCGAAAACAUGGAAAGGAUGAGUGACUCUGCAGAUAAGCCGAUUGACAAUGACGCAGAAGGAGUCUGGAGCCCCGACAUUGAGCAGAGCUUUCAGGAGGCUCUGGCUAUCUAUCCGCCAUGUGGGAGGAGGAAAAUCAUCUUAUCAGACGAAGGCAAAAUGUACGGUAGGAAUGAAUUGAUAGCCAGAUACAUCAAACUCAGGACAGGGAAGACGAGGACCAGAAAGCAGGUGUCUAGUCAUAUACAGGUCUUAGCAAGAAAGAAAGUUCGAGAAAUUCAAGCCGCCAUUAAGGUGUCUAGUCACAUUCAGGUUCUUGCCAGAAGGAAAUCUCGUGAUUUUCAUUCCAAGCUAAAGGUAACAAGCAUGGAUCAGACUGCGAAGGAUAAGGCCCUCCAGCACAUGGCCGCCAUGUCGUCAGCCCAGAUCGUCUCUGCCACUGCCAUUCACAACAAGCUGGGGCUGCCUGGGAUCCCACGCCCCACCUUCCCGGGGGCUCCGGGGUUCUGGCCUGGAAUGAUACAAACAGGACAACCAGGAUCCUCACAAGAUGUCAAGCCCUUCGUGCAGCAGGCCUACCCCAUCCAGCCUGCGGUCACAGCCCCCAUUCCAGGAUUUGAGCCUGCGUCAGCCCCAGCUCCCUCCGUCCCUGCCUGGCAGGGCCGCUCCAUUGGCACAACCAAGCUUCGCCUGGUGGAGUUCUCAGCUUUUCUCGAGCAGCAGCGAGACCCAGACUCGUACAACAAACACCUCUUCGUGCACAUUGGGCAUGCCAACCAUUCUUACAGUGACCCAUUGCUCGAAUCAGUGGAUAUACGUCAGAUUUAUGACAAAUUUCCUGAAAAGAAAGGUGGCUUAAAGGAACUAUUUGGAAAGGGCCCUCAGAAUGCCUUCUUCCUCGUAAAAUUCUGGGCCGACUUAAACUGCAAUAUUCAAGAUGAUGCUGGGGCUUUUUAUGGUGUAACCAGUCAGUACGAGAGUUCUGAAAACAUGACAGUCACCUGUUCCACCAAAGUGUGCUCCUUUGGGAAGCAAGUAGUAGAAAAAGUAGAGACGGAGUAUGCAAGGUUCGAGAAUGGCCGAUUUGUAUACCGAAUAAACCGUUCCCCGAUGUGUGAAUAUAUGAUCAACUUCAUCCACAAGCUCAAACACUUACCAGAGAAAUAUAUGAUGAACAGUGUUUUGGAAAACUUCACAAUUUUAUUGGUGGUAACAAACAGGGAUACACAAGAAACUCUCCUCUGCAUGGCCUGUGUAUAUGAAGUUUCAAAUAGUGAACAUGGAGCACAGCAUCAUAUUUACAGGCUUGUAAAGGACUGAACAUGGUUAUUUAUAUAUAUAGAUAUCUGUAUAUACACACACACACAUACAUACACACACACUCUCUCUCCAUUAUCGAAUGACUGACUGUAAACCUCACCACACAGGUGGUGCCCUGGCCCCGAGGUCACCCCGACUUUUCUAAAUCCUGUUUGAGUGAAGUCGUUUUUUUCAUGUGUUCAUAUUAUCAUUGUAGCUGUGAAGUUCUGGUACAGUUGUAAAAAGAGAAAUCGAGUUGUUUCUGUGUGUUCUUCAGAUCUGCAGCCCACAAUUCCUCGGGAAAGGUGAACCUUAGUAACCCAUGUCACUCUGCAGAGACCUGUUACUUAUUGUGGUAGAAAAUAUUAAGACAGAGCAUUGGCCAUGGGACAUUUACUGCCUUUAUACAAAUGUAUUUAGUUCUCCUUUUUCCAACAUAAAAUUCUUGUUUUAAGAUACAAGUAAAAUUAAUCUUUAAAUAUAAAUGUAAAUUAGUACACAAAACUAAGAAUCUUUAGACUUAUCUUUGUAACUAAUUAGGGUGGAAGUUAUGAAAGAAUGUAAUUCACUAAAUUAUUUUUUAAAUGAAAUCUUUCUUUCUUUUUGAAACCAAAUGUUAAACUAUAGCCUUAAGAAAUGCUUGGUAGAAAUAUCCUAAUGAGACAAAUUUGUACUUUUUUUCCUCAAGGUAAAAACUAAUCUCCUAAUCCAUUAAACUCUUGAACAGAUAUUACAAAGGAAGAAAAUUUCACCCCUUAUCCUUAACAUAGAUAGUAUAUUUAAAAAUGUAAAAUUGUAUUGUACUAAUGUGAUGAUUGAUUAUUUAAUGAAAAAAAUAUGGCUCUUUUGCAAUAAGUAGAUAAAAAUACUGAGAAAUCUAAACUUAAAAUGUUUAUAGUCUUGUGUGCAGUUAUAUUUUAUAUGGACAACCAAAAUUUUUAUCAAGAUGAGUAAAUACUUGAAAUUUAAUAGCAAAAUUUUAAAUUGGCAUGAAUACUGCACUGUGAGCUGCAAAGUAUAGAGAAUCCUGUGGCUGGGAGAAAAUUUCAUCAACCAAACAAAUAAGAAAAGGCUCAUCAGGUUUAGCAUCUCUGCUCCCCAGAAAAGUCGAGCAUCCUCACCAGCCUGUGGAUAAAUCCUUUCUUUCUAGUGACCCAAUGCGCAUAGGAACCUGCAGCGACUAUAGCUGUGUGUACGUACCUGUGUGUGUACUGCAUAUGUGCACGCUUCCGUGUAUACAUGGUUACUCAGCACUCUUACUGAACAUUGAUUUGGUGUCACUCAGUUUGUACGGUGCUGACAAGUACUGUUUCCCAGUCUGCAUCUAUAGACUUAGCUAUGUUCUCUCCUAGAACAUCCAUUUCUUUCAUGUCUCUCAACAGGUGACAUUGACACUUGUUUGACUUAGGUUUAAGAGGCCCUAGCUACUUCUCUCUGACCUUUUCAAACAGGCUCAGUCUCUUCCCAGGAGAGAUUCAAAUUUCCAAUCCAGAUAUUCCAAAGUGUUGCCCAGGCAGGUUGGUUUCAUGUGACCACAUGUCUUGGGUUGUUUCCAUAAGUGCUUCAUUGUGGGAGAGAAGAGGGGACUGCCCCUCCACUUUCCAGAGGAAAAUGGUGUUUUUAUAACUGCUAGGAAUAUGUGAACACAGUAGAGCACGAAAUACAUUUUGUAAGUUGUAAAGAAUUCAAGAUUUUUUCACCAAGGCUAGAAGAUAAAAACCUAAUUCUGCCACCUCCAAGUAACUUACACAUCCCCAUCCUUGGCCCGCCACCUGCUCUGGCCUUGCUUUACACUGUUCAGACCUUAGAGUCAUACAGGAGACCAUGUAGCUGGCUUGUAGCAAACAGCAUGACCCUGGACUAAGCCUGGCCUCUCCCAUACACCUCCCUAGUCACUGGGAACAAAAGAGGCUGUACAGACUUUGUCAUUUGGAAUGCAAGUCUAUUAGCAAACCAGCAGGGCAGUGCUCCUCUUGCCUCCAAAACAAGACUACCUUUGUUCCUUGUUCCAACCCAGACCUAGAAGAAUUACCUAGCAUCCCACUCUUUAGUGUGGUCUUCAGCCCAAGCACUUAAACAACUUCUAGUGUCAUGACAUUUACGGUAACUUCUGAUGCACACACCUCUUAGGGAUGUUACUUUGGCUUCUAUUUCCUGCAUAUUUCAUGAAGGGAACCCUCACUCUUCUAAGACCAGGACUUAGAAGCUGGUGCAAAAGUUCUCCUGUGGAUAACUUCAGGAACAAGAUGCCUGGCUCAUGUUCCAUGGUAAUGGGGCUCUUCUGUGCCAUUAGGAGGGCUCUUGGGGUUUACUUGAUAAAGCACAAAGAAGGCUGGAACCCAGAAGGACCAGCUAGUAGAUAACCCUGUCGUUGGGUCCCUGCCUAGUUGCCCACAUCCUCCUUUCAGGGCCCUUGCAGUCGAGUUUUGGGGAUUUGUAUGAAUGACACUGAAAUUUACUUUUGGCUUUUAAAACAUCUGUAAGACUUUAAAGUCUCAUAAAGAUUCCCCAGGAAACAUGUUCCUUGUGUUAACCACUGGUGAGUUACCCUAAACUCUUGGGCUCGCUUUUCCUGUUUUCUUCUAAAUCAGGCCCUUGGGUGGGAUGUGUUUCCUCACUGCUAAUCCACAUGUCUUCAGUCCUGUGUCCUAUGUGGUUGUUCCUUCUCCCUUUGUCUUGAAAGCUUCCUAAAUGACAAGGAUGCCUCUGCAAGACCCAACCACUACUCCUUUUUGGGUGCACUCUAUCCUAAGGCCCCUCACUUCCACAUUGGCAGGAAUAAGUUGCAUUCUCAGUGCAGAGUUUGGAGGCCAUUUUUCCACAGGGAGGAACUGUUGAACAGAGCUCUCUUUGGUGGAAUUUAUUUCCAUCACAAUAAGAGAUCUAAAGAACAACCAGGACUUCAGAACAUGUCCAGAAUCUCAAGAGUGUUCAGACGUCCUGAGACCAGGGUUUUUCCACCUCAACACUAUUUGAUAUUGUACCAGAUAAUCCCUUGUGUGGGGCUGUUCUGAGCAUUGUUAGGGGGUUGCUAAUAUUACUAGCCUAUACCCAGAAGCAACCUCUUCCCCCAGUUGUCACAGGUCACAGGGUUUUCAGAUGUUACCACAAGUCCCAAGGAUGUCAACAUCACUCCUAAUCUGAAGUGACUGCUAUGAAUCUUAGGGUCGCAUAAGCACAUUGUCGAUGGUUUUCCCUUCCAUUUCACCUUGUGAAAGCUCUUUGCUGGGAUCCUUAUUUCAAGUCCUCAAGAAGCAGGUGGGAAUAUUAAUCAAGUGACAUUAUGUUCAUGUUUCUUCCUGUUUCUGGGCUUCUCUUAACAGUCUCUCUAGCUACAAAAAUUCUUGUGCUCAUCUCUGGAGAAGUUAAAAACCAGCCAGUCACUAUCAUCCCUGUUAUCAACACCUGUUUAAAGAGCAUUUCCGAUUUGACUUUCAGCCCUCAGUUUACUAGGAGUUAAAAAACAAAACAAAACAUCCAGUAAUUUUCAUUGUCAUAAGCUCAUGGAUGUCAUUAUCAAACCUUCCUAGCACUUCAGUUUGUUUCUUCUGAGGUGAUUCUACAUUCUGCCUUCCCAUCAGAAUUGUUUGUAGAACUUGAUGGAACCUUCAAAGCACUUCCUUUUCAUCUUUAGGGAUGGAGAGAGGGAGCCAUCUGUUCCAGAAAAGGGUUUGUUGCAAUUUUCUUUCCUAAACUGAGAGCACAGGUCGGUCUCCUUCAUCCUGUGGGUGAGAAGGUUGGUACCCAGAGAGGACGCGGGAUGACUUGCCCAAGUCACCUGCAGGCUGGUGACAGGAGGGUGAGGACUCUUUGGGCUCUGCCUCCUUACUCCUUCGCCUCUUCCUGCAGAGGCCAUUCUUCUUUGGUGCUCUAUGCUUACCUGAUCCCAAGAAGGCAUGGACUGGGUUGGUUGGACAGGGAGCAGUGCAGCAGCCCAGUGUCACCUGCUGCCCCAUGGCUUGCCCCUAACCAGCCCUGGCCUUCGAGGCAUCCACAGGCAGGUAGGAAAAGCUGAUGAGCCUUUUUGCUUCCUCUGAGGAGGACAUUACACCUGCCACAGGCCCUGAGUCAAAUUUCUCUCUGCUGAGCAUCCCAGCAGCGAAGUCCUGCCCUCCAACCAGCCAAAACCCCUGAUCUGAGCACUUGGUGUUAAAAGUCUUCCCAUGACUUUUAAACCCAAGGCUUCUUAAGGUUUCAAUACUGUGGUGGCUUUCGCCGUUGUUUUUGUACAACCGUAAAUUAUUUAAAUGUUAUGAGCUGAUGUCAGUUUUACAAACCAGGUACAUAUAAUUUGUAUUCUUUUGUAUAUGCUCUGGUACACUACACGUGUCCUGACGAAGGGUAGAGCUCAUUCUGUCUGUCGGUGUUCACGCCAGUGACAUUAGGGGUGUCUGCAUUGCUUAUUUCUUUGUUGAUGUUUCUGUGGCAAAGCCCUGCACGCAUCAUUUCUGAAAAGCCUUAAAACUCGGAGACAUUGCUUGUAGGUUCUGCAGUGCAAGAGGCUGCCUCAGAACCGUGAGCCCUUUUGUAAGCUGGAAGCAUUUCUCUUACUACUGUUCCUUUUUGAGGAUGUUUUCAAUUCAGAGCUGCCAAAGCGUUCAGUAAGCAGUGCCUUAGUCAUACGUUGGUCGUGCCGCCAGCCUUCUCACACCCGUCUCGUGUCUGCUCACGAACUGGCCCAGUCUUUGAAACAGGACAAGAAAAACUAGUUUUCAUUAUUUUGUUCCUUAAGCCCAUUUUUCUCUGGUUCUAUUGGAAGCUGGUGACUUGGUCUAAAUUCUGAAACUGAAUUCAAGUCAGUUCUUUGACCACAUUCUCCAAUGUCUAUACCAAAACAAAAGGUUGCAACUCUGUAGUUUACUAUGAAAAGUAAGUUGUACUUUUAUUGUUGCCUUUUGAAUUCAUGACCAAAUACUUAGCUAUUUGUGAAUCUUCUGCACUCUAGCAUGAAAGUGCCUUUGGUUUGAGAUUCCAGCUUAGAAAAGUGCUGCCAUACUAACUAACGAUAAUUUGUAGAGAGACCAAAAAUAUUUUGAGAUCACCAUAAUGCCUUUGGUUUACUGGGAUGAGUAACUAGCCACAGGCCUCUGUUCACAAGAGCGUACCCGGGCUGCCUCCUGCUCUGUGGGGACCCCACCUGCGCUUACCCUGAGCACACCACAGCAGGCGGGACCCCCAUCUGUUGUGCUGUGUGUGCCGACCACCAAGCGCGUCGCUUCUGCUUGUCACCAGCCCUGCGUCCAUGUGAAGGGAUUUCCGCACAGACAACAGAGCCUCGGCCAGUGGACAGAUGUGAGAGCUUUCGCCUUCUCCUUGUGUCUGUGGAGUCUCUGGGGAAACUCCUUUCCCGCUCACACGACAGCACGCACUUACCUGGUUUACAUGAUAUUACCAUUUCAGAAGUUGGAACCCUCAAACUGAGAUGACAGUGCAGAACAAAAAAAUGUGUUAGGGUCGUCACAAUUGAAGUGUUCUUCUGAGGGCAAAAAAUGUUGACUCUGAGUGUUAUGUGAACAUGUGAUGAGAAACUUCCAAAGAACACCAUCUACAAUUCGACCUUUUCAAAGAACGUUCCAGCCCCCGAAAGGGGCAGCUGUUCAGUCCGUGCCGGCUUUUAUCCAAACCUUGUCUAAACUGGGAAAAACUGAUAGAGGUGAGGAAGAGGAAUGAAAGGGAUGAGGCAAAAAAAACUAAUGAAAGAACUAAACAAAAAACACCAGCCAAAAAAAGAAGCCAGGAAAAAAAAAUUUUUUUUUCCUGCUAGUAUUGAUGUCAAAAUAACAUCAGACAACUUUGAAAGUUAGCCUCUCGUAAUACAUUGUUCUGUCUGUUUUUUUGGUGUCUGUAGCCUCUUUAGGCUGUGCAAUGCUACCCCAAGUUGUGAGUCCUUGUGGAAGGUCAUAAACACCAUGAAAUGAAAAGAAAAAUUACUGUAUAUGAGUUGAGUUAGCUGCAUGAAUUCUGAAUUUCACCCCAUCAGGACUAUACCACAACUUGGAAGAAAUUAGUCAAAUGUGUGUUUUCCUGCUCCUCUUUUGAGCUGUUACUGUGUUUUUGUUUGGUAAUAGUUUCCUUUCAUAGACUCUUUGCUUAUAUCUUUAACAAUGAAGGUUUUGUGUUUCAAAUGUAUGCAUUGCAAAGGUAGUUUCACUGAAUUCACGCACCCUUAAUAAGAUGAAAUAUUUGUAUUUAUUGUCCUACUUCCUAAGCUGUAACUUGUUUUACUCUGUGAAUCUGCAUUGAGUCUCUCGUGUCACACUAAGUCAUUUUAGUAUUGGAAACGGCAUUUACGCUCCCUCCUGUUUGUCACCAGGUGGGAUCAGAAUUUGUUAGACUGCACUGUGUUCUGGUUGACCCUCAUCUGCCUUCCACGAUGAGAUGGCUCUGCUGUCCCCUUCUCUAAGAGAGGGGACAGAAUCUAGGCAUCAAUCAAUUGGAAAUCAGUCCCUGAUUUUUUCGUUUUUUUGCAUUAAUCAUUUUUUGUGAUUAGUUUUCACUGUGUAAAUUCAUGUUAACUGUUCUUUUUUUAAAAAAAUGUGCAUCUGUCUCCCUGUUCCUUCCUUAUAAGAUUUACUUCUGUAUACCUUUUUUAAAAAAGUACGCUUAUAAUUGCAAACAAGGAAAAAAAAGAUAAGUAAAAACAAAAAACAGUACGUGCCUCAAAAAUUAUAAAAAUUUUUUGUAACAUUUAAAAAACCUGAAUAGCCUUUACUUCUUUAAUACGCUCCAAUUUUAUGUAAAUUGGUUUUUGCCACGUGUGUUUGUUCAUGUUCUAAGCGACUUAAUGGAUUCUCACAGUCUGUGUGUCUCGUGUAUAGAAUGGGCUUGUGAUGUAAGCGUGUCAUCUGGUCAGUGGUUCCUUUGAUAUUGUACUGCUGCUGGGACUGGGCCGUGGAACCUGCCUUUGGGACAUGGGUUCCUCUGGGGUUGAUUGGAGAGAUGGGGAGGGGUGGGCAAAUUCACACACGUUUCCUUAAGCUAUUUGCAGAAAUCUUCAAAAGGCAUUUGGUUAAACCUCUUGGCAGUACAGUAUUCUUGUAUUUGUUAACAUUUGUGUUUAGGUACUGGUACCUUUUUGUUUAAAAAUGUUCUAAGUGUUGGCUUUAAAGUGAAUUUAUCUUUAGUAUGAUAGUUAUAUGAAAACUAUAGGGUUUGUGUGCAGAGAAUUUUUUUAUAAAGUGCUUUGUAAAAAAAAAUAUGUAUUCUAGCUUUCGCGGUACAUAUGUGUGAUAACUUUAAUAUCCAUGACAGUUAAGUGCAAUUAUUUCAUCACUCUAAAAAUGCUAUUUUUGUGUCAGUUCCUGCAGGUGUUUUCAUGUCUUUGCAAAGUGACACAUUUUGAUGCCUUCUUGAUAAAAGUGGUAGACAUUUUGUAGCUUUCUAGAAACUUUGUAUUCAUACGUUAUCAAUGAAAAAUAAAGAAAAUGAAAGUGUGGGUCA